AUGGGACUAAGAAAGCUAGCGUCGCAAAAGAGAGGAGAUGCGGUAGCCGUGGCAGUAGACAAGGACAAGGGAAGCCAAUAUGCUUUCCGAUGGGUUGUUAAUCAUCUCGUUAAGCCAGGCCAAACUCUCACAUUGCUUCAUGUUAAGCAACCUGCACCUAGAGUUCCCAACCAAAGGCGCAUGGCUCUUGGCUCUGAAGUGAGCGAAGAGGUUGCGAAAAUGUACAAAAACCAACCUGAUGCUCAAGCCAAAGAGUGGCUUCUUUCAAUGCGUUGCAUUUGCAUCAAAAAGAAAAUAAACUGCAAUGAAGUCAUACUAGAAGAUUCUGAUAUCUCAAAAGCACUUAUCAACUAUGUCGCUGCAAAUUCGAUCGAGGUAUUGGUACUUGGUAUAACAUCUAAAAGCGGCAUUUUCAGAUUCAGAACUAGAGACGUACCAAGCACCGUGCUAAAGGGUGCCCCGGACUUCUGCACUGUAUAUGUUAUUUCCAGAGAAAAGAUCUCCUCUGUGCGAUCUGCAACUGGUGCUCUACCCCAAAAACCAGAAGGGCUUCCAUAUCCAUGUACACAAAAUGAGCAGCAUCACUGGAGCGAAAUGACACAGUAUCCGCAGUGUAGCCUACCAAAUGACAAUGAUCAACUCGAGUCAGCAAAUAUAGCAGCAAGGAGCAGUAAGAAGCAAAGCUUGGGUCGGACCUUUGCUUUCUCUGAUAAUAUGGCCGGCCCUCGGCUUUCAAACAGCUCAGAGUUUGACAGAAGCUCUAUAUCAACAUCUUAUUCCGGAACAACAUCUUACUCUGGAGCGACAACUUACUCUGGAACCGAGUUUAUUGAUAUGACCUAUCAACAGAAUGAAUUUUCAUUUACUUCGAUGGAAAGUGAAAGGUCAUCAAACAUUGAUGGAAUGGAGGCUGAGCUGAGGAGGCUUCAGUUAGAGCUCAAGCAAACAAUGGACAUGUACAGUUUGGCCUGCAAAGAGGCAGUCAAAGAAAAAAAUAAGGCAAAGGAACUUAACCAGUGGAAAUUGGAAAAAGAACAUCAAUUAAAAGAGGCGCUAUUAGCUGAGGAAAUGGCAUUGAAACUAGCGGAGAAAGAGAAAGAAAAAUGUAGGGCAGCUAUCAAAGAAGCAGAAGCAGCUCAAAGGGUUGCCAAAUUAGAAGCACAAAAGGCGAGGAUUGCAGAAAUGCAAGAUCUGAAUCAAGCAGAUGAGGGGAGGGAGGUAUCAGAAUCAAUGACGUAUGAUCUAAGGUACAGGAAAUACACAAUUGAGGAGCUUGAAGCAGCAACAAAUGAUUUUUCACAAGCUAACAAAAUUGGGGAAGGAAGCUAUGGGCCAGUAUACGUAGGUGAAAUAGACCAUACACGAGUGGCAAUCAAAGUACUCCGUCCUGAUGCAGCUCAAGGAAGGUUGCAGUUCCAAAGAGAGGUUGAAAUAUUGAGCUGCAUACGGCAUCCAAAUAUGGUUCUCCUUCUUGGAGCCUGCCCUGAGUAUGGUUGCCUGGUCUACGAGUACAUGGCUAAUGGUAGCUUAGAGGACUGUCUCUUCCAGCGAUGUAACACACAAGUUAUUCCUUGGCAGCUAAGGUUCAAAAUUGCAGCUGAAAUCUGCACUGGGCUUUACUUUCUUCAUCAAAAUAAGCCAGAACCCCUAGUACACCGUGAUCUCAAACCUGGAAACAUUUUGCUAGACCAUAACUAUGUUAGCAAGAUUAGUGAUGUAGGUUUGGGCAGGCUUGUCCCUCAAUCAGUAGCUGAUUCGGUCACUCAGUAUCGCAUGACAUCUACAGCAGGAACAUUCUGUUAUAUCGAUCCUGAGUACCAGCAAACAGGCAUGCUUGCAACAAAGUCUGAUGUCUACUCACUUGGUGUCAUGCUUUUACAACUAAUAACAGCCAAGCCACCGAUGGGCCUGACUCAUCAUGUUAUGGAAGCUAUUGAGAUAGGGAAUUUUGCUCAGAUUCUUGACCCUGCUGUUCCUGACUGGCCUGUUGAAGAAGCCUUGAAGUUUGCCAAACUAGGUUUACAGUGUGCAGAAAUGAGGAGAAAAGACAGACCGGAUCUUGGCAAGGUUGUGCUACCUGAGCUCAAUAGAUUGAGUGCACUUGCCGAAGAAAGCAUGCAUGGUGUCAUGCAUAGUAGUAGUAGAGCUGGAAGAGGUGACUCUAUCCAUGCCGUGGUCAUGGAAGCUGACACUGAAGAUGUCUUGAGCAAUAUGGCGAGUCUCACCAAGUUGUGCCACAUAAAGCACAACUGCAGUUUAAACAAUAAAACUGUGUUCAAACUGAUGCGUGAAGAAUUUCCGGCAAUACCCAUACACUGCUUCAACCUACUGGACUACAACGAACUUCCUGCACGUAACAAAAAAGACACCAUAUUGACAGAUAUAAUCGGGCUUAUAAAGGAGAUGCAUCAAGUUCAAGACACUCCUGUCAGAGGACAAUUGGCAAAAACACGGGAACUACGAAUACAAAACACAAGGAAUGAAGAGCUACAAGCAACACUUUGGGGAGAACUCGCACUUGACUUUGAUGCAGAGAAGAUACUUCAGUUACCCCCUCCAGCUGUGAUAGUCAUUACGAGUUCAAAAGUGGCCACAUAUGCAAAGAAAAUAGUGGUUAACACAAGCUUGGACAGCUGUGUCUUCAUCAAUCCAAAUAUUCCUGAGUUACAGGAAUACCAAACAAGGUUCUCAAGCCCGAACUAUGCCCCAAAAUUAAUACCAAGCUCAGGCCAAAGCACAGGUUCUUCUAUCACAGAAACAUCAAACAUAAUCAAUAUCGGCAACCUCAUCUUACAGGAUGCAGAUGAAAACAAGGAUUCCACGUUCACAUGUCGAGCUAAAAUUACAAAAACCAUCACUCGCGAAGGGUGGUACUACUUUGGUUGCCCAAUCUGUAGAGUAAAACUACAAAUGGGAUCCGACUCUGUACUGAAUAAAUGUCCAAACCAUGGAGAGCAAGCUGGAAAGCCAAUGUACAAGAUGCAAAUUCGUCUCGAAGAUGAAGACGAUUCAACUCUGGCCAUGCUCAUAGGAAAACCCGCAGAGAUACUUUUCAGAAAACCCUGUGGCCAGUUGAUAGAUGAAGGAAACACAGAUAAAACCGUCAUCCCGAAAAUCAUCCUUGAUACAAUGCACAAAAUACAAAAUAUGGAAGAUUGGGUUUGGUACAAGGAAGAUUUCAUGGUUAGAGCUGUUUACCCCGACACUGAAAAAGGUUCACCAAGAGAUAGAAGAAGCGAAGACAUCAGAGAAACUUCCCUCAAAGAGAAAAUCAUGGUCACCAAAAGAAAGCACUCUGAGUCAACUGUUGGGAUCCACGAAGAAAGCAAAAAGAGAGGCAGGAUGCAGUAG